AUGACAUCCUGGCAAUUGCUUCUGUUGUUUAUUGUUGCCAUAAUAUUUGCCGAGGUUCGAGCUAUGCGAAAACAGGGUGUCGCAGUUAAGGGAAAGUUGAUGUGCGGUAAGAAGCCAGCUGAAAAUGUGAAAGUCAAAAUUGUGGACAUUGAUACGGGACCAGACCCAGACGACACUCUUGAUGAGAAGGAAACCGACUCGGAAGGCAAAUUUGAGCUUAAUGGCUGGACUCGGGAGUUGAGCAACAUCGAUCCAGUUCUCUACAUAUGGCACGACUGCGACGACGGGAAUACUCCAUGUCAAAGAAAGCUAACUUUUGUCAUUCCCAAAAAGUUUAUUCAUAAUGGAACACCUAGACCAGAACAGUGGGUUGAUAUAGGAGUGCUCAACCUGGAAGGACAAUUUGAUCAUGAGGACCGCGAGUGUGUGGACUAA